AAGGCACUUCUGAAGGGCCUUUGUAUAUUUUCCAAAUGUCUUUAAAAGUGUUGUGGGGCACAUACAGCAAUCUCUCUGCCUAAAAUUACCUGGCAGAAGUAAUGACAAUACCUUUGCUGAAAUAGUUCUCUGGGCCUCUGGUGGUGGGUGAGAGAACGCCUGAAAUCUUCCCAGGAUUUCCAGCGUGCCUCCCGGUGUGUGAGAAUUCCUGUCACGUACGAGGGUGUCAGAGGUUUCUGUUCGAGGGGGGAGAAGAGGAGCCCAAUGAAUGCCUUUAGCAGGAGCCUGCUUGUGCCUGAUGGAGUUUUUGCAGGCUGGGUUUAAUUUUAGUUCUCUUGGUGGGUCUGACGCUGGCUCUGCACUGCACCGGAGUCUUUCUUUAAGCAUUACGUGAAAUUUCAUGAACUGAGACUGACUUGAAAAGAGGAUGCAGCCACACUUGUUAGUUACUGAGCCUAGGGGAGCACGCUGCAUCUGUCGACACUCUUUUCAUGAGAUUAUUUUUCUUUAGCUGCUUUGUGAACGUUUCCUUUAAACUUUAUUUAGAGAAAUCAGUAUGUGUUCUCUGCAGUAAACAAUUCUAAAAUGUUCUAUAGAAAUACAUUUAGGACUGCUUGCAGUUUUUUGUCUCCGUGUGCUGAAGUCACUUUAAAUCCAUCACCCCAGCCUGUAGAGUCGUCAGGCAGAAAUCUUGCUGGGAAGGUAGAUGAGUUCUUCCUGCAGCAGUUUUGCUUGAGCAUACUGAAGACAGCCAUGUAAUAAGGUGUAGUAAUGAAACCUGUUGGAAUUUUAGAGGAGCACCUCAUUCCUUUGAUCUUGCUAAGGAGCAAUGAUUCAAGUGCUACAGAUUGUAAAGGAUCUGGUGUCGCCAGCAAGACGGAGAACAGAUGCUGCCAGGAAAGGUGCAGAUGCUGAGCAGGAUGCUGCUAUCAAACUUGCCCAGGAACGAGCAGAGAUAGUUGCCAAGUAUGACAGAGGACGUGAGGGUGCUCAGAUUGAACCGUGGGAAGAUGCUGACUACCAUCUUUACAAAGUCACAGAUAGAUUUGGGUUUCUACAUCCAGAGGAGCUUCCUGUCCAUGAUGCAGUGAUAGAAAAGCAAAAGAACCUUGAAAUUGAAAGAACUACAAAAUGGCUUAAGAUGCUGAAAAGCUGGGAAAAAUACAAGAAUAGUGAAAAGUUUCAUAGGAGAAUUUAUAAAGGGAUCCCACUGCAGUUGAGAGGGCAAGUCUGGUCUUUGUUGCUUGAUGUUCCAAAGAUGAAAGAAGAAAUGAAAGACUUUUAUAAUAGAUUGAAGUGUCAAGCGCGAGGGUCUUCACCAGAUAUUCGGCAAAUUGACCUGGACGUGAACCGCACGUACAGAGACAACAUCAUGUUCCGGGACAGAUACGGUGUGAAGCAACAAUCUUUGUUCCAUAUUUUAGCUGCAUAUUCCAUAUAUAAUACGGAAGUUGGAUACUGUCAGGGAAUGAGCCAGAUCACAGCUUUGCUCCUGAUGUUCAUGAAUGAAGAAGAUGCCUUCUGGGCCUUGGUGAAACUUCUCUCUGGUCCAAAGCACGCUAUGCAUGGUUUUUUUAUUCCUGGUUUUCCAAAACUCAUGAGGUUUCAGGAACAUCAUGACAAAAUUCUGAAGAAAUUUUUGUCCAAACUGAAGGAGCAUUUGGACUCCCAGGAUAUGCCCACCAGCUUUUACACAACCAAGUGGUUUUUCCAGUGUUUUCUUGAUCGUACUCCCUUUACAUUAAGCCUCAGGAUAUGGGAUAUCUACAUACUUGAAGGAGAGAGGAUUCUCACUGCUAUGUCUUACACAAUUCUGAAACUGCACAGAAAGCAUCUGAUGAAAUUACAAAUGGAAGAGCUUGUAGAAUUUCUGCAGGAGUCUUUAGCCAAGGAUUUCUUCUAUGAAGAUGACUUUGUAAUAGAGCAGCUCCAAAAUUCUAUAUCAGAAUUGAAACGAGCAAAACUGGAUUUACCAGUAGCUGGUAAAGAAGAUGAAUUUCCAAAGAAGCCAUUGGGGCAGAUUCCAUCAGGACCUCUGCCUUCUGUGCUUAACUCCACUCCAAUGCUUAAUGGACAGAACAGCACUGGUACACAAGCAGCAAAACAAAGGACAGAGAGAAGACCAUCCACAGAAGAAGAACCAGAAAGUUCACCAAAUGACCGAAAAAGAAUUAAUUCUGUGGAAAAGAAACCUUCCUUAAAACAGCAAAAGAUUCGACCAGUAGAGACACAAAACAGUUUGCCUAAGAAUGAGGUGGAUACCAGAAAAAAGCCUCAGCCAGCAGAGCAAGACAACUCAAGUCUGUACAAUAAUGCAGCUGCUAAUCAGAAUUCUAAUGCUACUUCCAACACAAGAAGGGAAUUUGUACCUAAGUGGAAUAAACCAUCUGAUAUCAAAAUAAUGGAAAAGACAAUGAAACUCACUGCAGAGGUGAAAGGGAGGCCAGUAAACCAUUCUGGUUUGGGCCCACCACCAAGUCCUGGAGAAAUGCAGCCUUUGAAUGUAAAGCAAAAGGUGAGGGUUUUGGAUGCUGAUGAAGGUAAGCGAGGGUCUAAUGCAUCUCAGUAUGACAAUGUUUCAGAGGAUGAAACUGAGAACGAGAAUGUUGUUGAAGAGAUGCUUGAGAGAGCUCAUCCACAAAGUCCUAGGCAUGUAGCAUUUUCUAACAGUCCAAGAAAGCAAAUAGAAAAAACACCAGCUCCAUUAAAAAUACCCAAUAAUUACACCUUCACUUCACAACCCAGAUCUCCAAAAUAUGCAUCUCAGCCUGAUGGUCCAUCUCAUGGACUGAAUGUAAAACAGCCACUGCCAGGUUAUAGUAAUCCCCCUACUUACUAUGGGAAUUCUCCAAAGCAUGUUUCCAGUAUAGGCAAUACAAGUUCUGCGCCUCUGCAUUACCAUGGGAAUCGACCCAACCCCUCUGUAAGGCCAUACGCUCCUUUCAUGUCAGUGGAUUAUUCCCCAAAUAAACUGCAAAUGAAUUCCUAUCCUGCCAGUCGCCCAAAUGCUCUUCCACCAGCCCCUGCUCAGACAGAAGUCGCUCCUGUUGAUGCAUACACCAGCAACUCGAGGUCCUCCCCAGGUGUCAAGUUCAUAAUCCCUCCAGCAGAUUAUUUACCAGAGGAGAGAAAGUGGCUGGACGCUGCCUACGUCUACAGACACGAACCCUACAGGCAGCCCUGGAGCCAAGACCUUAACAAAGGCCACUUGGAUAAUUUCCAGAAAUACCAGCAUUUUCAGCCAACACCUUUACAAGACCGCAGUCUUCCUGCUGUUUCUGUGGAUAGUCCAGUGAGAUACAGGACUUCCCCAACCUUGGAAGAGAAUGGUUCCCCACAGUACCAGUAUGCAAGCACGUCAGCUCAAGCCCAGCACUAUCGGAACAGAGCUGAUGGAUUGUCUGUGCAUGAGUCUGUGCUUCUCUGAGAAUCUGGGUGUGCUUAGUAAAAUGGCAAGAACCAAAACCAGUUGAACAGUACUGUGUUAGUAGUAGUCCUCUGCAGUUCUCUGAAAUGUGGAUGGUUCGUGUGAGUUCAAAAAUAACAACACUUUUUCAGAGAUGUUUCAGACUUUGGUUGAAAGCUGGUGGAGUUCUUGGACUUGCGUGGAAGCUACUGGAAGUGAUCUAAUGCACAUAGACAUAGCAAUAAGCUCAUAUGCAUCAUGUGGUUCAUGCUGUCAUCGCUCCUUACAUUUUAAAUAACUUGUGUUACAAUCCUUCUGCCUCAAACCUGUAACACACUGAAAAGUUUUGACUGACAUUGUUAAUGCACUGUACAGAUGUGUGCGUGUGUGCCUGUGUGAGUGUGCACUUACAGUACACAAACUCAUAUGGAAAAGAGCUAAAGAGUUUAAAUUUAAAUGCAUUUAACUUUGGGCAAAGCUUGUGAAGUACUUUUAUUUCAUAUUAAUUUUUCUUUGUAAUUUAUUUGAGAAGCCAUUCGUUUUGAAUGGGAAUUUCUGUCAUUUUUAUACAGCUGCCUCAGCAUCCCAGUAUCUGUUCUGGGCAGGAGAGAUGCUUUGGGAUUAUUAAUUUAAUCAUAUGUGAGAGUUAAUUUCCUCUCCUUUGACUACUGUUUGUCAUUUUCCUCAGCAGGAAGGAGCAGGCAGGAAAAAGCAGAUAGCCAAAAAUGUCUCUCUAAUCUGGCUAAGAAAUGGUGCUUAAAUUCAGGGCAGUGUUUAGGAGUUUUUUAAGUGCAUCACAAAUGGAGAAUUUGUACCUUCUCACCCAAAUCUACCUUCAGAAUGUCGUUCUGUAUGCAAAAGACUGGACCACAGUGAGACUAAUGCCAGAUACAGAAAUGGUGCUGCACCCUUCACUUUUUGCCAUGCUGUGCUGUCAGACUCAAACUGGUUGCAGGGCCAAAUCUCACAGGUGUCAGAGGAUUGAUUGCACAGCUCGUUGACACCUCUGUGAAGUGCACACAGGAGUUUGAGCUUUGCUCCAAGCUUGACAUUCCCUGAGCUGUGUGAGUAUGCAGUGUCCCCUGUCGAGUGGAUUUUGUUGUGUUUUGCCCUUUUCCCCCCAAAUUGCUGGUGUGUUCCUGUCUGUGGUGGGGCAUGUGCUGCUGUGCUGUCGGGCUCACACUGCAUGGUGUUCUACACUAAAAUGACCCUGACUGUUGUUAACAGGAACCUUAAACUCCUGCUGAUACAAGUAAUUCUGAUUAGUCUUUGCAGCCUUUGUGUUUUCCUUUCUGUUUUGACUGUGAAUUGGGGUGGAAUGAAAAGCAGGUGAAGUGGCACAUGGAGGAUGGAGUCCUGCGAGCUGCAGGACGCGCUGACCUCUCCCCAGGAGCUGAGGCAGAGGAGGGGCUCGCCAGGAGAGGUCCUUGGAGUGCUGAACAGAGAGAUCUCUCUAAUACUGAAGUGCUAAACAUUGGUAUCAACACCAGUUUGGAAGGUUGUCCUGUUCCCUUUUGUUUUGUAAGGUUUGUUAACUGAAGACAUAGAAAUGGAUUUUUUUUUUUUUUUCUUUAAAGAAUGAGCUUUAGUGCCUAUUAUUGCUGCAGGUUGGCUCUGUAAGUUUUAAGGUACAGAAGUAAAACAAUUUUUACAAAUGGAAGUAACAUUUACUUAGUAUGUUUCAAAACUUUUUUUUGUGUAUAUAACGUGUCUGAUGUAAUUUUUAAUAACUGGGCAAUUUUAUAUUUUAAAAAUUGCAAACUGCAGCGAAGUAACUGUAGCCAAGCACUACACUGAAAUCCUAAACUAAAAUUGUGAAGAUAAAUAUGACUUGGGCUUACUUUAGUUCUGAUUGCUUACAGCAGCUUAGAAAUGUAUGUAUAUAAUAUUGUGGCUAAGUGUAAUAAUCUCAGUGUUUAAUGAUGGUUCUGUAAUUCAUAACGAAGCUGUACAAUUUAUUUGUGCAAACAACUCGAGACUCCAAAAUAUGUAUCAGCAUUAGUAAAUACUGUAGAUUUUUAUAUAUAAAAUAUAUACACACUAUUUUCUUAUUUCAUCUGCAACAGUUUUAUAACUGUGUACCCGAUUUUGAUGUGACUGUAUUUUUAACAUGUUAAAAUAAUAAUAAUUAAGCUU